AUGACGUUUUCAGCGCCGACGACGCAUGUUGAAUGCUCAAGCACCACGGACAGCUCAAACCUCUCAUUCCUCUGCAGCGCCCCUCAGCCUGACCUCGCAUGCUCCACAACACAGCAACCAGCGCCGGUCAAUCUGCUAUCGACAUCUCUCAGGGUGCUACCAGCGUCGCUUGGUCGCGUGUUUGCGGCGUCGGCCUUGCUGCUCGUCGCGCUCUCCACCGUGUCGCAGUACCGCGAUUUACAAGCAGCCGCGAUAAUGGCGCAGCCGCCAUUCCCCGUGCUGCCGCCGCUGGAGGUCCAUCGGCUCGUGGAGCAGCAAGGCUACGUCUACCUUGACGUCAGAACGGCAGAGGAAUUCGCGCAGGUGCACGUGCCGGGCUCCGACCUCAUCCCCUACUUCAUCACCGCGCCCGACGGUUCGCAGCAGCCUAAUCCCGACUACUUCCAGCAAGUGAAGUCUAAAUACGCCCUCGACACGCCCCUCAUCGUGGUACACUUCCUCACCCGCCUUCCCUCGCAUUCCGUGAAGCAUCUCAUCUCUCAUCUCCCACCUCCCUAUCACGUGUUGCACCUUUUCCUCAACAGCACUUGGUACAUCUACCCGCUCAAGCUCACCAUCUGUAAUCCCUUUGUUCCGACACGCCCCUCCCCUUCAGGCCUGUCGCAGCGGCAGGAGGUCCAACCUGGCAGCGUGGGAGAUGACUGCCCAGGGGUUCACAAGGCUCGUGGAUCUCAAGGGCGGCAUCAUUGCCUGGGAGGAGAGUGGGCUGCCCGUGGUGAGGCACAGCAGCAAGCUUGA